CGUGACUCCAAUUCAUAUUUACAGUUGCCAGUUUGUUUUCGCAAGGGAGGACGUGAUUUCGAGCCGGAGGCGUAGGUGGCCUUUUCACGCCCUUUAUUUUCCGCUGUGCGAUUUUUCUUCCUCUCCCUUUUCGCCGCCGUCGAGCGUUGGCUUUGCCAGCAGCAGCAGCAGCAGCAGCAUGCCUGCACCGCGGUAUCCUACGUCCUAAUAAGUGAACAUUUCGCGGACGCAAUUGGGACGCGCUACGGGCGAGUCUCGACUUUUCGUUGUUUGUUGUCGCAAAGCUAGCGUUUCUCUCGAUGUGGUGCUGGUGCUAGGCAUGGAAAAUCUGUCAGCGUGAUAGACGUUUAUCGAGGUUGUCCGGAUGAGGUCGAGAGCCGAAAUGGAGGACUUCAAUGACGGCAUGGACGGGAAAGAUGCGAGCUGGAUGCGGAAGGUACACUCGGAGCAGUUUCACACGCUCGUUAAGAUGCACCUGUCCUUCGAGCUGGAUCUCAAUACGGAGGAAACCGAUAUAGCUGAAGUAGUAGAAAAAGCAAAGCUGAAGAAAUGGGGCAUAUUGCACUUUUCAAAGAAACCUAAGUCAAUGUUGAAUCUACAAAAAGGGGUCGAAGGAGCAGCUUUAACAAAAGAGGGAAUUAAUCAAGUAAAGCAGUUAGUAGAAUAUUUGUCCAAAGAAGAUUGUAUAGUACAAGAAGGUAUUUUUAGGCGAACUGGAAAACUUACAAGGCAGCAGGAAUUGAAAAAUGCAUUAUAUCAGGGUUUACCACUCGAUCUCGAAGAGGGAAGAUUUAGUGUUCAUGAUUGUGCAUCUGUUUUAAAAGGAUUUUUAGCCGAUUUGUCAGAACCACUACUGACAGAUCUUCAUUAUCCAGCUCACUGUCAAAUAGCUGAAUUAUGUACUUCCAGCACCAAUGGCAAUGACUCUAGGCUUUUAAGAUCUCUUCAAUUACUAUUACUUCUCCUACCUCCUCCAAAUAGAAUUGUUCUGAAGAAUAUUCUUGGUCUUCUGAAUAAGACUGCAACUCAUGAAAAUAGCAACAAAAUGAACUGUGAUACUUUAGCAACUCUCUUUACUCCACACCUGAUGUGCCCAAGGAAAUUGUCUCCAGAAGCGCUUCAUGUGAAUUCACAAAAUUUAUCUGGACUAGUCGCUUUUAUGAUUAAAAAAGGAGAUGAACUGUUUGAAAUCCCACCAAAGUUAUCUACUGAUAUAAGGGCAUUUUGGGUUGAAACGCAGAAAAAGCUGUUAAGUCCUCAAAAACCGGAUCUGAACGAGUCGACGAGUGACAUGACGGGAACAGCACAUACUGUUUUCAGCUUUGUCAAUCGAGACCUUACGGCGAAAGCGACGGCAACGCAGGACACGCAGGCGGCCCUAGCCCAGCUUUACGCGCACAUACAGUCAAUGCCGGAAUCAGCAAAAAAGCGUCGCCUCGUCAAGCAGUUCAAUAAGGAAAAUGGUCAGGGUACACCACGCCAUGUCAAACAUAACGUUAGCGCCAAGAGUUUCGGUGAUUCCAUAAAAAAGCGCAUCUUCCAGAAGAAAUUAUUGAACCACAAAAAAAUUAUCGAUGUCAAGCUCGGUUGUAAUUUUAGCAGGUCUAGCAGUGAGGAAAAUAUGCUAUCAAAUACUCUGGAAGGUUCAGUACUGCUGCCAAAGGUGUUCAGCAAAUCCAAGGACGAAAUCAGCGACAUGGAUAACUACGAGACUCUUGGUUCGGAAAAUUACGAAGCUUUGAGUCAAGAUAACUUACUCAAAGUCAAACAUAUGAGCAACAGCACCGGCAGUCUUAAUACUCCAAGUCUUACUAAUUACAAGAAAAAGAGCAAGAUCGUGGUUAAGAGCUUGUUUAAUCUUAGCGAAAGAUCAUUCAUGAGCAGCAACAGUAAUAGUCCCAGCAGUGAAAAUAAAGCAUCAAAGAAAAAGUACAAGAAGGGUUUGAAUUCCAAGUUAUCGCUGAGGUACUCGAGGCAUCAUAGUGAGCCUCCAGAUAUGUACUCAUCGCAGCCGUGUUACGUCAACUGCGCCGAGGACAAAGAACUAAUUCGUCAAACUUCAGAAUCGACAAUACCUUUGACAAGCAGAUCAAGUAUCGAGCUGAUUGCUGAAGAUUGCAAAAAUCAGCAGGAAACAAAGGAGCCGCAAAAAGACGAGGAAAAAGGGACAGAGCCGCAAGAAAAGUCGGAUCCGGCCGUAUCCGAAUAUCUAAAUCGAAAAACCAGCGGAGAGAGUACGGCGUUCUUGUUAUCGCCCGCAACCAAAAACAAACUCAAGACCCUUUAUGCUGCGCACACAUCUACUCCUUCAAAUUUACUUAGAAAGAGUUUAGCAGUGAACGACUACAUUCUUACGCCCAUGACCGACGAUGACAAGAGCAUGAGUCCUAUAACUCAAAGCGCUACGAAAAUGACCAAAGCUAUGCAGGAAACAAUGAUGACUCCCAGGUCUCGAAAACCAGUUAUGAUGGUUUCUGCUUCCAAUCUUUGUGGCCUUGCUACAUUGAACAAUGGAUCUAUGCAGUAUGACUCAACUAAUAGCUUACAAACACCAAGCUUUAACUUGAUUAACAGAAAAAAUUACGCUUCUAUUAUCGAAGAAUCGCCAAAUCUAAGUUUGAAUUGUAUUACAAGAAACACAAUUGAAGAUAAAGAGAAUUUUAAAAAAGUUCAAGAUAUUCCAGAAGAACAGAGUUAUGUUACAUGUUUAGAUGAUGGAAGUACAAUUCAAAAGAGUACAACCAUGUCUUUCACUAACAAGGAAUAUUUCCUUUCUAGAAGUGUUUUAACUGCUAGUCCUGUAGAUUUGAGCUUUACCUCUAGGACAGGAGACUUUGAGCAGUCUGAAUCAGAUUUGAAUGUUUUAGUAGAGGAAGGGAAUAAUCCUGGUUCAGAUACUUCUGGAAUAGCUUCAGGAAGUCCCAAUAGCGCUAACAAUUCAACGGAGAAAGUAGAAGAAACGAUUUCUUCUCCUAGAAAACGUUGUACGAGUUUACAACGUAAUGACUCGAAACGUUCCUUCAAGGACGAGUCUAUUGUUGAGCAAUUCAAGACAAACAAAAUUUUAAAACAAAAACAGCUUAGCGAGUCUACGCUGAAUUCUGUUAAAAUUAAGGACUCACUACCAGAAACGUCGUUUUGACGUAAUCUUACAAGUUAUCUAAAGUUCGAGGUGGAAGUGCCUUUUUCGAGAUUGAAGAUCUUAACACAGUGACGAUAGCGAUGAAUUAUUGUGACUGUUGUUCGUGUCUAAAUUGUUAUAUAUUUGCACGCGUUUGACCUAUUGUGAGAUUCUCAAGAUACAGACGAAGUUUUUAAAAACAUACAAAAAUAGUUUGCUAUCUUAUCUAGCAACAGUUAUAGACAUUUUUAAUUAAAUAUUUGUAUGACUAAAAUCUCUCGUGAAGUAAUUAUAAUACGUAAAAUAUGUAUUUGUUAUAAAUGAAUCAAGAUCAAUGUUUUCGAAUAGAAAGGCAAUUUUUCAUAUUGCACAUAAUGAGACUAUUGAAUUUUUACAAGAUGUAUUAAUUUUUAUUAUACAUUUAUAAAAAUAAUUAGCGAAUUAACGACAGAUUGCGAAAAUCAACAAAACGGGAUGAGUAUGAAAUGUUUUUAUUAUAUUAUUUUUAUGUGAAUGUAUGAUGGAUUCUUUCCAUAAGAAAAAUAUACAUUCCUUGGAAGGAAAA